AUUCCCAAAGAGUAGAGAUGCCAAGAAUGGAUGUGGAAGUAGUCAAGGGCCAGAUGGUCGUCCUUCAAGCCUGGUACAGCCCCACAUCCGACAUCAGCAAGAACACUGUCAUCUGGAACUUCAUGGCCAACGACUCCAAGCAGGUCAUCUCGUAUAGCUCUGGCCAGAUCGGCAUUGGGAGUCCGGAGUUCCGAAGUCGAGUGGGCUUUGCCCUCUCCAUGCCCUCCACCAACCUGUCCAUCUUCAUCAACAACACGCAGGAGGCCGACACGGGCCGCUAUCUCUGCAACGUCAUCGUUCCGGGGGCCCCUGGCCUUUCUGGCGAGCUCAGCCUAAACGUCAAGGGUACCCUUCAUGAUUUUUAACAUGUGCGGUUAUGUGUCACUUAACACCCUUCCACACAAUGUUCAAUUCCCAUAUAAAGUCUCGUAAGGUUUAAAUGGUUGAAAUAUCCUAAUCACCUAAUGGCACAUGGGCGCAAGUGGCCAUCGUGCACCACAUAUAGCCAGUGUGAACAAAGUGGCUGCACUGCCAGCCAUAUAACUGUGCAGAACA